UCCUGCCCGCUGCCGAGCCGCACUGGGAACAGGGGCACAGGGGCUCCACUGCCGCCAGCCCCCGCACAGACACCGCCGACCAGAGCCAUGGCGUCACAGCUGGAAGGGGCCAUGGAGACGCUUAUCAACGUCUUCCACCACUACUCGGGCAAAGAGGGGGACAAGUACAAGCUGAGCAAGAAGGAGCUGAAGGAGCUGCUGCAGAGCGAGCUGGGCUGCUUCCUGGAGACCCAGAAGGACACGGGUGCCGUGGAGAAGAUCAUGCAGGACCUGGAUGAGAACGGCGACGGGGAGGUGGAUUUCCAGGAGUACGUGGUCCUGGUGGCCGCCCUCACUGUGGCCUGCAACACCUUCUUCUGGGAGAACGCCUGACCCAAGCCAGUCCCCACGCUGCAGCAGCUGGCCAUGGCGUCCCCAAAACGCAGAGCCCCCUGCCAGCCCCCCAGCUCACCCUUCACCCCCCAGCACACCCCAGGGGAUCCCACUGGGAUCCAGCUCCACAAUAAAGGCACCAACCCAGGCA